AUGCGACAAUCGUCAGCCAAACUAGAUGACCUGUUAGCACCAUUUAAUGAUAAAUCAUCUACCGCUCCAUCAGCUACCGAUGAAGAAACAGCAAUCGCUGCAUUAACGGCAUUACGUAACAAUAAUCACCAUUUGAAUUUUCAACAUCAACAGCAUACCAGCAAUAAUACGAAUACAAGCAGUAGAAGUAGCGACACUUCAUCACCGCCUGUCUCAAAAUCAUCUUCAGUUACCUCUCUAAUCAGUAGAUUUCAUUUGCAAAACUUGGAAGCAAAUUCCGUUUCUGUGAUUCCAUUAGACACAACUAAACAGCAAUCACAAUCAUCGACAUCCUCAACUCGCACAUCUCCAUCGCUUGCACCACCUCAGAUCAGCGUGAAGAAUCUCAGCCAGUUGCAACAACAUCUCGAAACGGCGGUCGUGCUGAUGGAUAUGGGCAAGAAAGUUAUAAUUUCACCGCCCAAUUCUAAGCCACAAUCACCAAAUUUGAACGAACAAAAUAACAAUAGCAAUAGCAGCAAUAAAAAUAAUCAUCAAAGUAUUACAUCCACUGUGAUAAAAGCUCAAGAUUAUUCAAUUAGCAACCUUAAGCGAACUCCCAGUUGUGAAGAAAUGGAUUUGAGUAAGAAGCGAAUGAAGACUUCAGAUUCACCGAACAAUAAACACGGCCAACAACGCCCUCAAUCAGCCUCGAUGGCUCCACUUUCUAUUGUUAAUUCGAUGAUGCCGCAGCUCAUUAAAUCUGAGGUGAUUAAGAAGGAAGUUUUAGAUUCAGGCGAGAAUGACCACAUGAGCGAGAAAUCUGACGACAGUUCAGAUUCAGGACGUCUUCAAAUGGACAUUUCGUCUCAAGAAGAUAAUGAAGAAUAUAAAAAUCUUCCAAUUUUAAAACCAAUCGGUCGCGAUACACCAGAAAGUAAUUUUUCAGAUGAACAAGCUUUUGAAUCUGCUGAUCAGUUAUGGCAAGCUUUAGCUCAACAUUCUCAAUUAAAUGGAGGAAAUGAAGCUACACAAUUGCUUCGUAAGAUGAUAAAUUGUAGAACUUUGGGAAUUCCUUUUUCACCACAACUUCAUUUGCCUUCGGCGAUCGAACAACCAAUGGCUCUUUUAAAGGGUUCUCAAAAACAAACUGGUCGUCGAAAGCAAACAUGUCCAAGUAGGUCUGGAUUGCAAGAUUUAUCGGGUAAGAAAGUUGGUGGAGCAUCACCACUUGCAGCAGGUUCUGGCGAUCUUGGUGAUACUUCUGGAAACCAUUUAUGGACUGGCUCGGAUGACUUAACAAAAGGCAACAAUAACAACAACAACAGUCCGAAGAAUACCAACAAUAAUCAGCAAAGCUCCCAGAAAGAUUUGUCUUGUACAAAUUGCGGUACAACCACAACAACGAUUUGGCGUCGUAACUUACGUGGCGAAAUGGUUUGUAAUGCGUGUGGUUUGUACUUUAAAUUACAUGGCGUUAAUCGUCCACAUACCAUGCGACGAGAUACAAUUCAUACUCGUCGACGACGACCAAAGGGUGACAAAUCAAAUCGAAGAAAGUCAAAAAAUCAAGAAAGCCCUGAACAGGAUCAAGACAAUGGUGCUAAAACAGAUUUAGCUGCUCUCCAAAAUCAUAAUUUGUUAAUAGCUUUAGCACGAGGUGGCACAAGUGGUGCAGCUCAAUUCGCUAUGCCUCAUCAUUACCAGUUCUUACGUGCUUCACAAUUUCCAGUACAAAGCGAAGGUAGUGGAAACGGCGAGGACGUUGGUGAUUCAGGUGAUGAAAGUGGUGCUGAAAAUGAUUUAGAUUCAUGUAACUUGCCAUUGAAUCUUGUUGCAACUCAACUCGGUGAUUCGUAGGCGAAUAUUUAAAAGCGAUGGAACCAAACAACAAUAAAUCAAAGUUUUGGUGAAAAACCAAACAAAGAAACUCAUUUUUAUCUUUUAAGGAAAAAGAAAAAAAGGAAAAUUAAAAUUAAAUGUGCAGAAGUGAAAUUUGUUGAGCAAACUUAAAAGCAAUAUUUCUGAUUUUUUAUUUAAUUUCUGAUGAGAAUUUGAAAUACUGAAUAAGUCGUAAUAGGAGAAAAGCGUUCAGGAAAAGUUUUGACAUGAAAACUUUUCUGAAAUUUUCCAACCUUUUCAAACCCUUAAAUUGUAUCUUUAAAAUCUGCACAAAAUGAAUUUUUUUGCGUUUUCUCCUACGCACCUAACUCACUUAAAAUAAUUAUAAUCAAAGUAUUAUUCUACCCAAAAAAAGAAAAGAAAACCCAAGUAAAAAGUUGGAUGAAAUUGUUCGUUGAGCUAUUCAUUGAUAAGAAAAACUGAGAUAAUUUCCCAGAAAUGUAGUUUUAGAGUGUUUUUGAAUGUUAAGAAAGAAUAACAAUAUAAACGUAAGAUAUUAAUUGACUGGUUGCUUGAAAGCGUCGUUAAACGCAUGAUGAUAAGAUGAAAGAUAUUUUUUGAUAAAAGUUCGAUUGCUUUGCAUAAAUAUUUAAAAAAUGAAAUUGAAAUUGAAUCUCGCAUACCAAAACGAGAAAUCCUUGCCUAAAUAAUGGAUGAAAUCUACUUAAAUUGGAUAUUUUCACAUUUCACAUGAUGCAAUUGUAAUCAAGAAAAUGUGAAAUUAAUCAUAAAUUGUGA